AAGAGCAAGAGCGCGCUGCCGUGCAGCAGAAGCAGCUUCACCAGCAACAGAAGGCUGCUGCGGCCUUGGCCGCAGCCGAGGCUCAGCUGCAUCCCCAAGAGCCAACACCUACACCAACACCCACCACUACAACCACCACCUCUUCCAAUGCUGCGGCAGCUGUGACCGAACAGAGCGUCGCUCAACCAACGAGCGAGCAGCAGCAAUCCUCUACACCCACCUAUCUAUCGGCCAUCACCGCCGCCCAGAAGCAACAAUCUACACCAAAGCCAUCCACUACACAAACAACUCCAACGCCAACCGCUUCAUCAACAUCUUCACAACCAACAUCUACUACUACUCCAGUUGUCCCAACUACAACAACUGAGCCUGCUGUGAGCACUUCAGCGCAGUCGGCACCAGCACAAGUCGCCACCGAGCCAGUGUCCGUGCCCGAAGCCGUCGUCGCCGCCACCCCAGCACCAGUACCAACACCAACUUCACUGCCAACACAAUCUGUAUUAUCUUCAUCCACAACCGAUUCCGCACAACCAUCCGCCACAGUAUCGAGCACACCAGUCGCCGCCACCCAACCAGUCGCCGCUGCUGCCAUGUCCUCAUCCGCAAACAUCACCCCACAGUCACAGCCGCAACAACAGAGCGCCGCUGCCACCACCCCACAACGCGUCAACUUUGGUCAAAAGCCAGGCAACACCCAAGCUUGGAAGCCCAAAGAAUCAUCUAACCACCCAUCAAGACAACAGCAGCAGCAACAGCAGCAGCAGCAGCAACAGCCGCAGUACGUGGCCAAGAAGUCAUUCGAUGCCCCAGUUGCCCUGCCCGACGCCCUGUCUUCACUCGACACCAACUUUGAUGUGCACUUUGGCAAGGACCCAUCCGAGCCCACCAUCCAGAAGCAGCAGCCAGUUGCCGUCAAUGUGCCAACAGUCGCCCCAUCUGCUCCAGUCGUUAACGCGACCGUCCCACAACAGGUCCAGCAGCACCAGCAGAAGCCCGCUCAGCUGCCAUCGUCGCAGACCACCACUCCUCAGUUCCAGCAGCACAACAUGAGCAACUUCCAGCAGCAGCACUAUCAGACCUUCCAGGCAAUGGCCUCUGUUGACCAGCAGCUGCCCCAGCAGUUGCAGCAACAGCAGCAGCAUCUGAUGCCGGACACCGAGCACCAGCACAUGUCGGCCUUCCAGUACCACCAGUACAUGAUGCCAAUGAUGCCCUACUACGACACCGACACAUUCAACGCUGCUCGUCAACAGCAACAGUUCUACGAAACAUUCAACACCAACACAAUGAUCAGCGGCGGUGACAGUGGAAGCACUGUUGCUCCAGCGUCGACAAACAAGUCAUUCCCACGCAACCAGAGCGCCAACCAGUCGUUCCGCGGCUCAGGUGACAACACCAACAAGUUCCAGCAGCAACAGCAGCAGCAGCAGCAUCACCAGGAUGCACAGACUCAGGCUGGCCACCCCUCGUCGCAGUCCCCACCCCUGCCACACACUUACCCCUACCAGCACCAGUACGGCUACCCUGGCUUCUACGGUCAGUACCAGUACCCAACUCAGAACUCCCAGUACCAGGCCUACCCAUACCCCGGCAUGUACGGUCCAAAGCCCUACAUGAACAGAUUCCCACAGGGCCAGGGCUACGAUCAGGAGGACUUCAAGAACAUGUACGCCGCCACACCCAACUAUUACAUGCCAUCUGACCCAUCGUCAUUCCAGACCGCCAACAAGCUGCCAACUCAGCAGCCCGGCCAGCCAACACAGCUGUCCAGCUCGCCCACCGGAACCGCCAAGUUCCAGAACACCCACUACACACCACAGCAGGGACAGCAGACCACCAGCCAGCAGGGCGAUAUGUCGCACCAGUACGGCAAGGCUCAGUUCAACCGCAGUGCCGACGCUCAGCAGCCCAACUACGGAUACACUCAGCCACAACAGUACAUGACACACUACCAACAGUUCCAAGGCAACUCCAAUACCACCUCACAGCAACAGCAACAACAGCAGUAUCGCUAA